AUUAUGGACUGCAGGAAGAUGGAGCGCUUCUCUUCCAGUGUGAUUUUGAUCGUGGCCAUUUCCAAGGCUUUUGAAUUUCAAGUGGCCGCUGGGCUGGGCCACCGUGAACUUGCACGGCCUCCCGUCAGAGGUGGCGGCAGCCUUCCGACCCUGGAGGAAACCGCGGCUCACCAUCGACCUUCCCAGUUGGUGCCGUCCACGGGAGUCCAGGACAGCAGGCAGCUAAACAAGACCUGCUGUCUGAAUGGGGGGACUUGCAUGCUGGGCUCCUUUUGUGCCUGCCCCCCCACCUUCUAUGGGCGGAACUGUGAGCAUGACCUGCGCAAAGAGAACUGCGGGUCUGUGCCCCACGACACCUGGCUGCCCAGGAAGUGUUCCAUGUGUAAGUGCUGGCGCGGCUGGCUUCGCUGCCUUCCUCAGACAUUUCUGCCGGGCUGUGGUGGCCAUGUGAUGGACGAGCACCUCGCAGCUUCCAGGACGCCAGAAUUACCACUGUCCGCAUGCACCCCUCUGAUGCUAGCUGGCUUCUGCCUCGCUGUACAAAGUUUCCAUUAAUGGAUGUUUGCAGGCACCAUUGUCAGGCAAACAUCCCGACCUGUGAAGGCUGUCGCUCAGAUGUCCUAAUCAUUUGUUAGUUGCCUUGAAACAGUGAAUAGAUUUCCAUAGUAGUGAAUAGGUCCCUAACAUUUCCUUGAAGUACCAGCUGCUUUCUCUGUCCUGCCAUAUCCAAAAACAACUACUAAAAAGUAGUUCACCAUAUCUACAUUGUGCCCAAGUGUUACAUUUCUUGAUACGUGCAGCUCUCCAAGGGCUUAUUGAUAUUUUCCUUGAAACCACUGAAUACUGUCUUAAGAUUAUUAAAGAUUACUCCUAUGUGGGCUGAUGAUAAAGCUUUGAGUAGAGCUGAGAAAAACCAAUUAAGACAGUAUCUUGAAAAGAAAAGGAAGGGACACGUCUGUAGGGGGAGCGAGGGGACAGGGCAGACGCUAGUGGUGUGGGCUGCAGGAGUGAUGAAGUAGGUGUGCACCAGGGAGACAGGCAGAAAAGGGGGAGGAAGCAAAUGGGAGAGAUGGGAAAAAUAAAGUGGAUUACUUGACUGACAAUGAAAUGGCCACAGAGAAACAAGUUAAGCUAAGGUGAAGAGCAAAUUUAUAUUCCUGUGACUGUCAGAGGAGGAUACCCCCUUUCUCCAAGGCAUAAAGAGAAUGACAUCUCUGGAAAGAAAUUGUGUAUUUCUUCAAUAAAUAUGUGUAAUUGUU